AUGGAUACAGGCGCAUCAAGGCUGAGAAGCGGGCUGGUAAUAGCCUGCUGCUUUUUAUUGCGGUCGACGAGAGAUGCGGCAGUGCUGGGCCACGGCAGGCUAAUGGAUCCGCCGGCGCGCAACAGCAUGUGGCGCUUCGGCUUCCCGAAUCCUGUCAACUAUAACGACAACGAGUUGUAUUGCGGCGGUUACUCGGUGCAGUGGGUGCAAAACGAGGGUAGGUGCGGAAUAUGCGGAGACGCUCAUCACCUAGAAGAGCCAAGGCCCCACGAGGCCGGCGGAGAGUACGCCAAGGGAACGAUAGUCCGGCAUUACCAAGUUGGACAGGAAAUCGACGUCGAAGUGGAACUCACGUCCAACCACCAAGGCUACUUCGAAAUGUACGUUUGCCCGAACAACAAUCCCAGGCGCGAAGCCACGCAGGAAUGCUUCGACAGAUACCCGCUGUACUUGUCCGGGACGAGAGAAGUGCGCUUUGCCAUACCGCCGGAUUCCGAUAAGAAGGCCAUUUUCCGCUACAAGGUCGACCUGCCACCUUAUCUCACGUGUAGCCAGUGCGUGCUCCAAUGGACGUAUUACACAGCCAACAUGUGGGGAACUUGCGAGAAUGGCACUGAGGCCGUCGGUUGCGGUCAGCCGGAGACGUUCAGGAAUUGCGCCGACAUCAGCGUAAUCACCAGCGCCGCCGGCUUGCCACCUAUUUUCGUGCAGCAAGACAAUCCCUUCUUGCUUUACUACAGAGAUUACGAUGCUCCCAGCCACGUCUUCCCGCUUGUCGUCAGAUCUCAGGUGUGCCUGCCGAAUGACCUCUAUCGUCGCAUACCCGGAAUGACCGACUGGUGUCAAACCAACUGCCUUCGCUAUCCUCCAAAUUGCCCUCGGUCUAUCUGCACCUGCCCAGAAACUUGCGAAGCUAUUGGAGAACUUGCCGGAAGAGACGGAGCAGAGGAAUAUUGCCUGGACCAGUGCUUGGUGUAUCCGAGCAAGUGUCCCAGCAAGCGAUGCCGAUGCCAUUAAUCAUAGCGAUGACUAUUGGAUUCAAUGUGAUAAACAUAGACUGUAAUGUCGGCUGAAAUGAUUUUUUUUUUUUUUUUAUUACGCGUGACUUAUUCAGAGCAAG